GGAGCUUCCGGCGGGGAGGCGAGAGGCUCCGCUCUGGCGGGUGUGAGGCGUGACGAUAGGGGCCAGCCGAAGGUCCCGCAGAACAGCGCGCCGCCGUGGAUGAGAGUCUCGUUAGGAGAGAGGAGGUCCCCGAGCCCGGCUGGGAGCCAUGGCCGCGGUGGUGGCCAAGCGCGAGGGGCCACAGUUCAUCAGCGAAGCAGCAGUGCGGGGGAACGCUGCCAUCCUGGACUAUUGCAGGACGUCGGUCUCGGCCCUGUCGGGCGCCACGGCAGGGAUCCUUGGCCUAACUGGCCUGCACGGCUUCAUCUUCUACUUCCUGGCAUCCGUCCUUCUCUCCGUGCUAUUGGUGUUAAAAGCCGGACGGCGAUGGAAUAAGUACUUUAAAUCCCGAAGGCCACUUUUCACGGGGGGGCUUAUAGGAGGGCUCUUCACAUAUGUCCUGUUCUGGACUUUCCUGUACGGCAUGGUUCAUGUCUACUAAACCAACUAGGAGCCACCUUGCUGCAGUGAUUUUUAAUGAAGCAGGACUGUUGCCAAAAGUCAUCUACACAACUAGGCCAGCUUACCUUUAAACCUUUGUUCAUUGCUUGUAUUGUUACUACCAUUGAUAAAUUAUGUCCCAGUACAAAUGACUCGGUAGCACUGUUCUAAUUAAACUGAAUGUG